CACCACACCACAUUACAGUACAUGCGCGAAGAAUCACCACACGACUUGGGAAUUAUUUGAAGAUUGGGCUUUGAGAUGGAGACGGCGUCACCCGCCAGCUCAACCGCCUUCUUCACCCUCUCCCUCCUCGCCAUAAGCCUCCUCGUCCUGGUACUCCUGCGCUACUACCUCCCGCUGCGUACCACACCCGCCUACGUCCUCGUCCCCGUCUUCCUCGCCAUCGCGCUCCCCGCGUCCAUCGUCCUACUUGUCCCCAUCGACCUCGCAUCCAGCGCCGGCACCGACACGUCCGUCAGCCGCGGCAUCUGGCUCUCAGAUAAAGUCGUGUACAAGUCAUGGCGUGUGACGUACUGGCUUACCUUUGCGCUGACCUGGAUCAUCUUGCCAUAUUUAGGCGAGUAUUGCGAUUCCGGCUAUCGCGAGCCUAAGGAUCGAUUGCUGUAUUCACUGAGGAGCAAUGGUCGCUAUCAGAUGCUGAUGCUGGGGAGUGGCGUCCUCGGCGGAGUGUACAUCUUCCUCACAAAUGGCUGGAACUUCGACUCGCUGAAGGGCCUGGUCAUGGCCCUCGCAUAUGCCUGGGGCCUGGUUUUGGCCAUAUAUCUCAUGGGACACGGGCUCGUUGCAUUUCCGCGGAGUCUAUAUCGCUACGCAAGCAUCAGUGGUCGGCUAAAGAGGUUGCAGAGCCAGGCGCCGAAGAUCAAGGACAAGUUGACUGAGGCCAUGGAUAAGCUCGAGCAGUACGAGGACAUGGUCCAGCAGCUGAAGCAGAGAAAGAACGGCACCGUGAGGGCGUUUCAGGAGUGGAUUGACGAGCUGGUGGAGAUGAGUAGUUUACCGGAGAGUAGGGCGAGCGUAACGCCGAGGACGAGCAGGGCGACGGUGCCGCCCGUGGUCACAGAGAGGUAUCUCGCCGACACGACCAGGAAGCUGAAGCGGGCGCGUCAUGCGAAGAUGCGCUUUUCAGACGAAUGGGAUCGGCUCGUCGUAAAGGCCGUCAGAACUCAAGCAAUACUUGAUUCGAAAGCAUCUCAAAGACUGGAAUUUAAGAACUCGCCCUUCGAAACCCCGCGGUCUGGCUUCCUAUCCAGUGUCACCCUCCUCACACCCUACACCCGCUAUCACGUCCACGUCCACCUCAUCCCCGCCCUUUACUACCUCUUCUCCUUCACCUGCGCCCUCGCAUCAGCAGCUGUCGUCUGGUCCGAAUGUGUCAAAUCCUUCGACGAACCCAAGCUCUCCCUAAUCGGCCUGACGGUCAUCCAUCAUCCGUCCUCGUCGCGGGGCCAAAUCGGCUUCGCAGGCCAAGCCAUCGCUGCCGCCUGGCUGUGUUACAUGUGCAUCUGCGCCUUCUUCUCACUCACUGAAGUCAAGAUCUGGGGCAACCGCGCACUCGUCAAACGCGGAACAUACCAGGAAUCUGCAACAUGGUACGGCCUUCAAGUCGCAAAACUCACGGUCCCGCUGGCAUAUAAUUUCGUCACCUUCAUCCCGCCCACUAUCUACAAGGUCACUAGUUUCCAUAAAUUCCUAGGAAUAUUGAUUGAUCUUACGAAGAUUAGUCAGGGCUUUUCGAAGUACUUCCCUGCGUUCGUGCUUGUGCCUGUUGCUGCGAGCGCGUUUGGUUUAUAUGGUAGAAUACGGAAUAUCUGUGGCUUUGGUGAUUUGCUGGAGGAUGAGGAAGAGAAUGGCGAUGGGGAUAUUUUAGGCACAGGCAGUUGGCGCGAGGGAAGGGCGUUGAUUGACCGCGAAAUUCAUGCUACGGCAAACGGAAACGCCCUGGGGCUUUCUCAGCGCCGGGGGGGUGGGGUCGGUGGGCAGAAUGAGCGGGAGGGUGGGAGGGAAAGAUAUACGGAUCAUCCGGCUUCUUCGAGGGAAGGUGAGGCUAGUGCGACGAGGCGACAGAGGCCGGAGAGGAGAAGGGCGGAGGAGGAGGAAGAAGAAGAAGGAGGGUUCUUUUCGGAUUUUGCAGAUCGUGUCAGGAAUACGUUUGACGGGGUCGAGUUCUCGAGACCGAAGUGGAUGGGUGGGGAUGAGCCAUCUAGCGCGAGAAGCGGUGGUGCUGGAGGAGGGGAUAGGGGUGACGGGUGGAGGGGAUUGUUUGGGGGGCGACCCGACGAGGGAAGAGUAAGGCUGUGAGUGUGAGAGGGACGGUGGGUGAGAUAGGAGUUGUUUUGUUUUGUGUUGCGUUGCAUUGCAUUGCGCGGUGCUUGGGAUGGAGGAAUUUAUGCUGUAUAAGUAUGGAGGCACGGCAUUGUAUCAGUAAGACCUCACUGGAGUCAUCGGAACUAAUUUCUUUUGUUGUCACAAGUUAUUGGAAGAUAGAGGGUUAAAUCACUCAAUCAUAUAUAGGUAAUAGUAAUUCUAUAUCUG